AUGCAAAAGUGGUGCGUCUGGUUUCGGCAUCGUCUUUCGCGUCACAAGCCAAGCCACAAUCUGCAGUAUGCUCAUGUGGACUUUGCGGAGAACAGGAUGACGUCUCGGGGCGCCCAGCUUCUGUUGGAGACUUUAACGGACCUUCAAGUGCCAGUGCGCAUCCUGAAGCUUCAUCACAACAGAAUCACUGAAGGCUCCUGCAUUGCAGAGUUUCUGCACAGAGGUUUGCUCCAUGAGCUCCACUUGUCGCACAAUGAGCUUGAUGCGGAGGCCGCGGCGAGCAUCAUCACAGCCGUGGUUCAGGCACACGAUGUAACAGGCUCCUUGUCCUACCCACGCCGCGCGGGCCCGCGCAACUCCGCGCCGUUGUGGGUUCGGCUUGAGCAGAACUACAUUGACCCGCCUGCUCUGAUACGAACGCUGGAUGCAUGUGACAUAGACCCCAAGCGCAAGACUGGAGCACGGGUUUUCUGUGAUGCCCGCAGCAAGUGGUGCACGCCUCACAGCUGCGCUGCAAAGCAGGCGGGCUGUGCACUUCAUUUGAAGAAUUUGCCGCAGCAGCGCAAGCGUCCUCAGAGCAGCAGUGCGACUUCAUCGCUACCUCCUGGAAGCAUCCGACAGCUCCCAGAUGGUACCGAGCAAGCGUGCAUUCUGCGAUUCGACUGGGACACUGGCAGCUGGCUUCCAGAAGUGAUCGACAUUCCACCACAGGCUCCCGAUCCAGUGGAAACUCCCAAGAGCAAGGAGACCGAAGGUGUACAGGAAGAGCCACCAGGGGAAGGACAGCGGAUUCAACCUCUCAGCUUGGAGGUGGGCCAAUCCCUCGGUGCAGACAUCCUGCGGUCCCUGUGGGAGUCCGAGCCCUCGGAGGAGCCGGUGUCGCUUCAAUCGCCUGAGCCACCUCAACUGCCGAUGCUGUCGCCCUCUGCAUCACCUCUCAGGUCGAGCUUCAACCCUCUGGCGCCUGCAUUCGAGCCGGGCGCAAGGUGCUUCAUUUCCAGCAUUGAGGAGCCCCCUGAACAAGCUGUCACCACCGACACCUCAGCUGGGGCUGCCUCAGAAGCUACGGAGGGCUCCGAUGCCGCUGCGGCUGCGGAGCUGGGAGGGUCCCCAAACCCGACAGAAGUCGGCAGCCUCCCCACAUGUGAUGCACCUCCGGAUCAUAUGGAGCCGAAGCUGGAGCCGGAAUUGGCUGGAGAUGACUGCCAAAGCCUUAGCAGCCAAGCCUCAGAUCUCGAGUUUGCAGAGUCCGCCGAAGCCGCCCUUCAAGAGCAGAAGCGCCUGGAAGCUGGCAAGCUAACGAGCUUUGCAAAAGCCAAGCGGGAGCACAAGAAGAUUGAGGUGCGCCAGGAAAAACGGGACUUCGAGGAGAAGUUCCGGAUAAUGGAAGAGGAGUUAAAGGCGAGGCACGAAGAGGAGCUGAGACAGCUGGGGCAUUCGGAUGAGCACAGUCUCGAGGCUCGUGAAGGCAGUGAUGGCUACGAUGUCUACGGCCAAAACAGCCUGGAGGGCGACGAAGGUACCAGGAAGGCCCGCUUGCAGAAGAAGCGGGACCUUUUGGCAGGGAUUGAGAAGGAAUUGCGAGAAGAGGGCACAUAG